UUAAAGUUGUGGACACAGCGCGCUUGACGAUAACGAUGGCGGGAGUAUUAUUUAGCGGCUGCAAAUAUUCCGCCAUCAGCAUGCAUGCAAUUCAAAUUCACUUAAAAAAGUGUCUGUUACUUCCAGCUUAUUCAAACAAAUUUGGCGGCUCAGAGAUGAUUUCUGCUCGCCAAAAAAUUCAAUGUCAGCCGUGUGCAUUGCCUUCUUCAGCACUCGGUAAUUUUCAUUUCCCUUCAAAGUUGCCCCCACAAUUUUCUCCCAAUUGGAGGUUCAAACAACUCAAAUGGAAAGCACUUUCAACAAACGAUGAUGACGAGGUAACUUCUGCAACACUUCUAAUUUGCGUGAAUUCUGAGGGAUAUUUAGUGGAUGCCCCUGUUAUGGUUGGAGAUGGCUUCUCUUUCGGCGGAGGGAAGUAUUCGGAUAUGCCAAGCAAGGCUGAUGAAUGGUUCCAACAAGGGAAGCUGAUAAAAGCCUACUCUAUUGGUGGGGGCAUCACAAAAGCAAAGGAUCCAAUCUUUGGGCUUGAGAUGGGACAAUCCUCUCAAGUUGAAGACAAUGCUUUCAGAUGGUUCUGUGUUGAAGCUGGUGAUACCAGAAAUCCUUCAAUUGUUUUAAUACAUGGUCUUCCUUCACAAGCAUACUCAUUUCGGAAAGUGAUUCCUAUGCUUUCUCAAGAUUAUCAUGUUAUUGCUUUCGAUUGGCUUGGUUUUGGAUUUUCUGACAAACCCCAACCAAAAUAUGGUUUUGACUACACAAUGAAUGAAUACAAAGUAUCAUUGGGAUCUCUGCUAGAAGUGCUUGGUAUUAAAGAUGUGACACUGGUUUCUCAGGGUUACUUUGCUCCUAUUGUAGUUGAUUAUGCCAGGACCCAUCAAGACAAUCUCAAAAAGCUAAUUCUUAUUAAUCCUCCUUUGACAGAGCAGCAUGCUAAAUUACCUUCAAGCUUGUCAUCAUUCUCAAACUUCUUAUUGGGUGAGAUAUUUUCUCAGGAUCCUCUACGAGCCAGUGAUAAACUGAUAACAAGUUGUGGUCCAUACUUGAUGGAUGAAGAAGAUGCAAUGGUCUAUAGGAGACCUUAUCUUACAUCUGGUUCGUCUGGAUUUGCCUUGACAGCAAUUAGUAGGGUAAUGAAAAAAGAAAUAAAAGAGUUGAUUAAUGAAUUGAGAUCAAUUUUGGCAAGCAAAGAAUGGAAAGUCUCGACAACAAUAAUCUGGGGGAUGAGAGAUAGAUGGUUAAACUAUGAUGGUGUUGAAAAAUAUAUGAAAAGUACAAAUCAUGAACUAAUACAACUACGUAAGGCUGGACAUCAUGCCCAAGAAGAUUAUGGUGAAGAAGUUGGCGAAGUUAUUAGAAAAGUACUGAAAGGGAGAAUGUAGAAUUUUAGCAUUCAUUUAUUAAAAGAUUGAAACAUGUUAUAUUUUAUUUCAUUGAUUCUAAACAUUUAAAAUUAAUUGAUAUAUAUAUAUUAGUAAUGAUUUUUUAAUAAACUUUCUGGUUUUGAACUC